AUGGACUCGACUCUGAUGUCGGUUCACCUCGAGCAAAUACAAAGCUCAUGUCAGGGAAUUGACUCGCUUCCAUUCCCACCUCCGAAAAUAUUCACCAACGCAAUGCUCUCCAACAACGACAUCACGUCCCUAAUCCGAGACACCGAGGCUCACGAACGCGCUCUAUUCUCCGUGCCCCCUCCACCUCCAGCCGCUACCACAGCAUCGAAACUCCCCAAGCCGUCCGAAGCCGAAACCGAAGCCAAGCCCAAGAACCGCCGGCAAACAGUCUUCAACGUCGCCUCGGGCGAAGUAACGACAGGCCCGCCGACGCGAGGGGCGCCUCAUCGCCGAACCGCCGUGGCCGCUGUCCUAGGCGGCGAGAUGCACGAACAGCUCCGGCGAGGAGAGACAGACCGCAAGGGCGACCUGGACGUGGAAGUGCUCCUGCGCGGCGCCGAGAAGCUCUGCGGAGUGUAUGAAUUGCCGGGGGCUCGCGAGCGCAUUGUGGCGUUGCGGGCCAGGUACCGCAAUGGGAAGAACACAACGGCUUAUUAUGAGGCGAGAGUGGCUGAGCAGGCUGAGCAGCUGGCGAGUAUGAGUAAGGACUGGAUGGAUCAGGAUAGGGACAAGGAGCAGGAAGCGGAUGAGGCUCAGCAAGGCGGUAGUGAUGGGUGGACGGAGGAGGAUUUACGGAGAGAGGAAGAGGAGGCCAAGCAGAUGGAGACGAAAAAGAGGGAGUUGCAGGCGAGGCUAAAGUCCAUGGAGAGGGAUAUUGGAGGGCUGAGAAACAUGUAA